AUGUCGCAAAAGGCUGGUUCUGCGAAGUUGUCAUCCACUUUGUCCUUGAGUGUACCUUUUGAGAAUGAAAAGCAAGCUACAAUCGCAUGUAAAUCUUUGUCCCCAGACCCUAUAUUGAAGGCAGACGAGUUGGUGGUCACCUACAAGACUGAAGGAUCGAGUCUUGUAUUGAAGUUUGAGGGAAUCAGUGAUCGUGUUAUCCGUGUAGCCAUUAGCAAUUUCAUUGAUAAUUUGAAGACGGUAGUAGAAUGUAUGGAUGAGUUUGAUGGGAAGAAAGAUUUUCUCUUCGAGCAGUACUAG